AUGGUGGACGACACUUAUGAAUGGAAUAAAACCCCACCAUUGGCCCUUCGACCUUUCAAGAAGAAAUAUAACAUGACUAUGGGAAUCUCUACCAUUCUGCCACAAGAUUGGUUCAAUAUCGAGUGGGACCACAAGAAAAUAACAGACUUAAAGAAAAGAGUCGUAAGCAAACACGAGCCUUAUGUGUUGUUUAACGAUGAAGCAUGCGAUCUAGCCAUUCACGAAUACUAUGAGAUGGUUGUCAAGAUCCUCUUAAUCAAGUAUCCAAAGUACUAUAAACAAAUAAAGAAGGAAUCUGGACACUUGCGUUGGGUUCAUGAUACUAUUCGGGAUGAAUAUCUUCCUGACAUUACAACCGCUUCUCAGUAUACAUCAAGAGACCUUCUCCGGUAUCUCCUGGUGAUAGUAGAAGAAGACUUUCUAUUACUUUUGAAAGACGAUCCUAUGGAUCCAGAGUAUAAAUUAAAGGGUGGGUCCUGGUGUUUGCCGUCUGGUUUUGAUCCCGUAGAUAAGUUCAACAACGAUAUACUGACUAUCCAUCUGCCAGUGCCCUACUAUCAAGAGAAGUUGAAGACGUCUAUGAAUAAAUAUUUAAGCAGAGUGGAUCCUCACAAAUUUGUAACUCGAUCCAAUUGGACGGUGCAAGCACACCCUCAAAUGUUUGCUUUGGCUACAACAAAGGAUUACGAUCAUGAGAAUCAUCUUAAGACCGAAGAAUUGGAUUUCAAUGAUGUAGUUCUCAGAGUAGAACGUCAAGUGGUUACUAAACUUCCUCGACUGAAGGCCAUUGUGUUCACCAUCAAGACUUAUUUGACUCCACUAACACAACUAAAAUUAGAGGGGAAUUCGUCCAUAUGUGAAGCAAUAGCUGGUAUCGAUGACAGAGUAGGUGAAUAUAAGAGAACAGACGCUUGGGCACCUGCUGUAUUGGAAUACAUGAAUAACUCAAGUAAACCAGAGAACAUUAGAUUUCCUGACUACGAUAGUGAGCAACCGUUGGCUGAUGGAAACAGUUAG